GUGGGGGGCUUGUUGGUCUUGGGUCUGCGGUAUGACUUAAUUUUCCAUUAGUUGACUUGCAACACUCAUUCUACCUAUUCCUCGAGAUUCGCGCGAUUCCGAUGUCAAUUUUCAGUAUCGCUUGCUUGCUUUGACGUAGUCUGAAAUUUGAAAAAUGGAAUACUUAUGGAGCAUCACACGUAACGUUCGUGAGCUGUAUAACGGCAUUAAUGGUGCUACUCUCACGGGCGCCAUCGACAUAGUCAUUGUUCAACAGGAAGAUGGUACUUUCCUAUCAUCACCUUUCCACGUCCGUUUUGGAAAACUUGGUGUACUCCGUAGCCGAGAAAAGGUGGUUGAUAUUGAAAUUAAUGGAAAUCCUGUUGAUAUUCAUAUGAAAUUGGGAGAGUCUGGUGAGGCCUUUUUUGUCAGUGAAUCACCCAUGGUCAGCUUAGAUGGACAGGCCUUACCUCCUCAUAUGGCUACAUCACCUAUCCCACCAUCAUUAAUAGAAGAAAACAAACUGAGAGGAAACAAUCUUCCAGAAAUAGUCCAUGAACACACAGAUGAUACAUUGAUGGGAAAAAGAGAUGAAGGAAUGCUUGCCAAAACAUCUGAUGAUAUUAUUUUAGGAGAAGACAGUUCUCAAGGAAAGUUUGAAACUGUCGGAGUCGAAGCUGUGGAAAGGGCAUUCAAGCCAAUCGACCCUGACCAGGAUACGGAAGCAGACAGUUUAAUGCAGGACGAAUUCGUAGAGAUGACAGAAGAGGAGCGGAAGCGUUGGAAAAAGAAGAAUCGCAGACGACGCUCGCAGUUACGAAAGAGAAUGCAACGCGAGGCCACAAAAACGUCAUCUGAAUCCGGAACAGAACCCUAUCCUUGUGAAAUGGAGCCAGAACUGGAAAUCCCACUUGCUGUUAGUUCUUCCUUGAAAGAUAGGACACAGGUGAAGCCAGGCCAUCGAAAAUCGCAUAGUUUAUCGGGAAUCCAGUUCAAGGGUGAUCUGGCGCCUCCCGUCGAAAAUCCAGUUGACGACUGGGUUCGUGGCGGAACCAUUUCCAGGUCGAUUAGUCAUGGAUUUCACUUUUUUAGUGACACUGAAAUGGAAAUCAGGAGCCCCGAUGGAUCCCGUCCCCCUACACCCCUCCACUCCGACACGGAGUACGAGGUCGGACAUAUGCGGCCUAAAGCCUCGGAAUUGGACGAUCCAUCUAGAAAUUGCCCUCAACAGUCAUGGCGCUGGGGUGAAUUGCCAAGCCCACCUGUUCAUAAUCGACCCUCACCACCUAAACCUGUUUCCAAGUCUCCACCUCAUGAUGUUUCUCCAUCGAAUCGAGACGGUGAAACUGGUGCGGUGGCCAUGAUCAAUAAUGAAGGGACUUCCGAUGGCACAGAUAACAAAGCCCGUCAGUCUCAGAGUACGGCAGAAGCGGAAGCCCAACGAUCGAUGUUGAGUCACAUGUUCAGCUUCAUGCGACAAACCAAGAAGAUGCGACACCAAGGCAUCGCAGCAGGAGGAGGAAUUUACUUAGAUGACUUGAACGUGGACGCUCUUGAUCCGGAGUUGGCUGCUCUUUACAUUACGCAGAAUUCCUUCCGUCACGGACUCGCUGAUUCAACAGUCUCUAGCGAGUAUCAGAGCCGGAUUUUCACUGACCCACAUCAUUCUUACGUUCGCAGAUUGCGCGAUGAAGAUACUGAGUCGGGCAAAGGGGCAUCGCUACCCCAAUCACCGCACAGUUUGUCAACAGGUGCAGCUAUACGCGGUUCCACCGGCCCAAGAUCCGUAGACAGCGAUUUUGAAGAUUCCCGUCCAGACUAUCGCUCUCUCCCUGACGUCGCCCUGUCGUUAUGCGGUCAUUUUGGCGACCAGAUAGAUCCCCCUGAUGAACUGUUCCUUCAAUCUCUAGUCACGUAUGAUGAUUUUAUCGAGAAUCCUCGGUUGAUUGAGAACCCUGACCUCCUUGUCAGAAUUGGCAACAAAUACUACACAUGGCAAGCCGCAUGCCCCAUCGUCAUGAGCUGGGUUCUUUACCAGCGGUUCCUACCUCAGUCGUCGGUUGAUGCCAUUGUUCACGAGUACAUGCCUAAACGCAAAGAAAAGAAAACUGAACCUGAGGCCCCAGUCCGGAAAUCUUCAUGGUUUCCUUGGAGAAGAAGAACCGAGAAAAAGGAAGGUGAUGAAACAGGGGUUAAUACCGCCAGCACUGUGGCCCAUUCAGACCCAGCGUCGUCCAGUUCCGGCAGCGCCCCAAAAACCACUGAAUCGGUCAAUAACAAACCAAAGAGCACCAAUCUAUCUGACCGCCAGCCACUGGCAGAUUUGGCUACUGGAACCUCGUCUGACAAUGAAAGCAACGAUUCCAAUCAGCCUGACAGUGGCAAGAAACUUCCAAUGGAAAGACGACCUUAUUACGAAAACACGGACAUCUAUUGUAAAACGUUGCGUCUUACGACUGAACAGAUUAGACAUCUAAACCUGCGGGAAGGGCCUAACGAGGCCGUGUUUAGCGUGACAACUGCCUAUCAAGGCACGACUAGAUGUAAAUGCCAUAUCUAUCUCUGGCGCUACGACGACAAAGUAGUCAUCUCAGAUAUCGAUGGAACUAUCACCAAGUCGGAUGUGCUUGGCCAUAUUCUUCCGAUUGUCGGUCAAGAUUGGGCCCAAAGUGGCGUAGCUCAGCUGUUCACCAAGAUUAAGAACAAUGGCUACCGCAUUUUGUAUCUUUCAGCCCGCGCUAUUGGCCAGGCGCACGUGACGCGCGAAUACUUGCGAUCGGUCAGACAAGGAGACCUUUCACUACCUGAUGGACCUCUUUUACUCAAUCCUACUAGUCUCUUGAGCGCCUUCCAUCGUGAAGUCAUUGAGAAGAAACCUGAAGAGUUCAAGAUUUCCUGCUUGCGUGAUAUUCAAAUGUUAUUUCCGUCGCAUUCUAAUCCAUUCUACGCUGGAUACGGAAAUCGAGUCAAUGAUGUGUGGGCGUACCGGGCCGUUGGCAUUCCUACCUCAAGGAUCUUCACAAUUAAUCCUCGUGGCGAGCUGAAACUGGAGCUGACUCAAUCCUUCCAAUCCUCGUACUCGAAGCAGAGUUUCAUCGUUGAUCUAGUGUUCCCUCCAUUUCUUCAUGGUGCUCGUGAAGUUCUAGAAGGCUCCGAAUUCAGCGAGUUCACCUACUGGCGCCAACCUGUUCCAGAUACGCCCGACGAAACUGAAGCCGCCAAGUUUAUCACAGCUUACUCUGAUUCGAACAAACAGCGUCGUUUGGGGUUGACGAAAAUUGAACACUAGCAUUUUCUAUCACCCCUCUCCCCCUCGUGUAAUUUAUGUAUAAGUCCGUUUUGGUCCAUGGUUAUACCUACUUCCCUUCGUCUCGAGUCGUCCGUCUCCCGUUUUCUUUCCCCCUUUUUCAGCAAAAGUUUCGUUAAUUGAAUUGGGAUUAUGAUUUUGAAUGGUCGUUUUGAUGGAGUUGGCGUCGAAAUAAACGCAGCUGUGCUGUUCAA